AUGGAGGAGCCCUCAAAGAAGAGACGCCUCCUCUUCUUGCCUGCUAGUGAUGGCAAUCCUACUUCACGUCGAACCCGCAGCAAGUCGCUCGACUCCAGGAUCCGUCGCCAUCUCAUGGUCGACAUUGGCAAGUCCCGAAGAAAGCCGUCGAAGGACCUCCAAUUCGUCACCUUAGUAUGGCCCCUGGCAGAAACUUCAAAGACGCAACCGAGCACUCGCAGAGGUGAAGACUCGACGAGUCGAGAUGAUGACCAUCUAAAAGCUCCUACGAAGGAUUUGGUCGCACCAGACACUGCUGCAACAUACACUGCACCAUACGCGAUGUCGCCUAUCUUAUAUACAUUAUCUGCUUUUGAGAGGGAAUGGGGAGAGGAUUGCUUCUCGGCGUAUGGAUUCACUCUGAUUAUGGUUGCGGGAAAGAAUGCGAUGGGCUCCGCUUUCUCGACAAACACCUUCUGGUUCCCCUUCGCCUUCAGAAAAUCGGCCUUCCUUCAGCACUACCAACAGAUUUUCACCUCACCUGAUGUUCUUAUCCCGUUAUACCGGAGAUCAGCCAGGGAGCUCCGGUCUCUGGCGUUGGAGCGCUCCCUCGAAACUAUUCAGUGCGUCGAGUCCAGGCUGGCCAGCUCCAAUGCGAGCAGCGCGACGUCUGAAAGUGUCAUCAACGCCGUGUUGGCACUGGUCUGCUACAAUUUUACCACCCUGGAAUUCGACCAAGCGAUGAUCCAUGUCAAGGGCAUGUGGAUGGUGAUUGCGGCAAGAGGUGGCAUCUCUACCUUGCAGGCCAACCAGGACCUGAUGCUCAUGAUUUCAUGGGUGGACAUUACGGCAGCAUUGCUGCACGACACAAAUCCACUGUUUCCGCUAUCCGCAAACAUGGCCAGCGCCAGCGUAUUCCAUCGCCCGGGCUUGGAGAUGCUGCCAGCUCCACUUGUCAGCGUCAUCAACGAUGAGAACACGCAAGCAUCAGUGGACCCAGUGAUCAAGACGACGCAAACUCGAUCAGGAUGA